GCCGUCUCAGGGGCCUCGUGGGGGUUGGGGCGGCGGUCCCCGCCCGUCCCGGGGGAGAUGGACGGGGCGCGCGGGGGCACGGCGAUGGCGGCCGCCGCGCGGGGGCCGCGCGCCCGUGCCUCCGCACCAGCGACGCCGCGCCGGGCCCCUGGCGCUGCCCGCCGGGCCGCCGGGCGGCACUAGCCCGGGGAGUAGCACGGGGGCACCUCGCAGCUGGGCCGACGCCGCCUCGCUGCUCGCCGCCAGGGCCGCGCUGCGCUCGGCCUCAGGCCGCCGCGGCAGGGCCUUCCGCAGGGCCGCCCCGGCGGGCGCGGGAAGCGGGCGGCCUGCGGAUCCGGAACCACCAUGGUACUUGGCUGAACAUGCAGAAUCGCCCGGCACCUGGUACUAUUACAACAGCCAGACCGGCGAGACCUCCUGGGAGCCGCCGGCCGCGGCGCCGGCUGUGGCGGCGGCGCCACCGGCCGAACCUCCGUGGCCUUGGGUGCUCGAGGAGCACCCAGAGCAGCCAGGUACAUACUUCUACAGAAACGGGGAGACUGGCGAGGCCAGCUGGGAGCUCCCUGAGGUCCCUGAUGGCGUCUCCCAGGCCGCCGAGGCCGUGGAGACCGCGGAGGCCACGGAGUCCUCACAGCAGACAGCGAAGUCCCCAAGAAGAAAGCGUGCAAGGCCAGCGACGGCGACGGAGGCCACGGCGGAGGCCAUGGAGACCGCGGAGGCCACGGAGUCCUCACAGCAGACAGCGAAGUCCCCAAGAAGAAAGCGUGCAAGGCCAGCGACGGCGACGGAGGCCACGGCGGAGGUAUCGGAACUCUGCAAUUUUUUCACGUCGGAGAUGCAGUUCUCGACCGAGGAGGCACAAGACGCCGCACGUCGCUGCUCCGAGUUCGGGGCACCGCCCAUUCAGGCCAUGGAGGCCACGCUCGCGUUCCUGAAGGAGGAGCUGCAGCCUGGCGGCUACCUCCCCUGGGCGGACGUAGCUCGACGAGACCCGAGGCUCUUCGCGACGACAGUAGAGGAGCUUCGUCCGACGCUGGACUGGUUGGAGGAGUUCCUGUGGAACCAGGACUGGGCCGUCGGCGGCGGGCGCCAGGCUCUCUCGGAUGCGAUCCAGCACCGGCCCGAGCUCCUGUACCGCGGCGUGGGGUCUCUCGAGGACACCGUGGCGUGGUUGGAGCAGCAUGGCCUCGACGACGAGGCUGUCAGAGAGUACGUUGCUGGUCCAACCGCCGUACCAUACCCGGCCGAGUCUUUCCCAUGGAUCGAGCUGUUCCAGGUGGGCGCCAGCGGCUUAGAGGCAGCUGCUGCUUGGGCAGAGGCGGAGAUGAAUUGGACGCGGGACGAGGUGGGCCGCGCUCUCUGCCGAGAGCCCCUCUUCCUCCUGACGGCGGCCACGGCGGCCGGCACCGCGGGAGGCCUGCCGCGCCCGGGCUACCCGCUGCCGGUGCCGCGCGAGACGUGGUUGGAGACGCACUUGAAGCAGGC